AUGUGUGAUACAGAGACUAUUGAACGAUUUGCUACUGUUUUCGAGCGAGGAGAAACCGAAGGAAUCGAUGACUUCGGUGGUAUUCAAGGCAUAGCAAGUAUUUUCACUGUAGAUCUCAACGAUGGUAUCAGUGAUACCGAAAUGAGCAACAACUACGCAGACCGUAUACAGAAAUGGGGUGUAAACUUACUCCCUGACCCACCAAGCAAAUCCUGGUGCAGACUUUUCCUAAACACAUUUAAAGAUUUGAUGUUAAAGAUGUUAAUUGGCCUUUCCAUUGGUGGUUUGAUCCUUUCCGCACUCGCCAACAUCGGUGAAGAAGAUGGAUGGAUUCAUAUCAUCGAUCCAGUCGCUAUUUUAAUUUCCGUAGUUAUUGUUUCUUCUGUUGAAGCCCAAGUCAACUACCAGCAACAGAAAUCAUUCAAUUCAGUCAGUAAGCUCAAGAAUUCUUUCGAUGUUACCGUCAAAAGAGGCGGAGAACAGAGAUUAAUCAAAUCUACUGAGUUAAUGGCUGGAGAUAUCCUUAUGCUUCAUGCAGGUGACGCUGUCCCUGUUGACUGCGCUUACAUUUCAGGACACGUAUUACGCAUAGAUAACUCACAAAAUACAGGAGAACCAAUUCCGAUCUUAAUUACAGAGAGUUCACCUCUUAUUACAUCAGGAGCUGCUGUCGACAGUGGUGAUGGAUGUGUUCUCGUAUGCGCCGUUGGUCCAUACUGUCAAUUUGGCCGUACUUUGAAGAAAUUAGAACACAUGAACGAACUCGAAGAAGAGACACCACUUCAGAAGAAGCUCGAUUACAUCUGCAAGCAAGUUACAUACCUCGGUCUCUUUGGUUCCCUUUGUACUUUAGUUGUUUUGAUCAUUAUUUGGUCAAUCGACGUUGCAAAGAACAAAUGGAACAAGAAAUACUUAUCAUUACUCAUGGAAGACGUCAUGGUCGCUAUUACAAUGUUCAUUGGCGCUAUUCCAGAAGGUUUACCAUUGGCCGUCGUUAUUUCUCUUGGAUUUUCAAUGAAGAAGAUGAUGAAAGACAAUAACUUCGUCCGCCACCUCAAAGUAUGCGAAACAAUUGGCGGAGCAACCACAAUUUGCUCAGAUAAGACAGGAACUCUCACACAGAACAAGAUGACAGUUGUUAUCUACUGCCAGAACGGUAAAGAUUAUUCUGGUAAGCCAGAAGUCGCUCAAUCAGUCUUAGAUUUGCUUGGAGAAGGAAUUGCCUUAAAUACCAACGCAUAUCUUACAAUCAAGAGCGGCAAGACCACUCCAGAAUGGGUUGGUAAGUCUACAGAAUGCGCUCUGAUGAAGUUCGGAGCUGAUUGCGGCUAUGAUUAUAAAGUUAUCCGCGAAAAGUAUCCAGAUACAUUCCAGCAUGAAUUCAAUUCCACCAGAAAGCGUAUGUCUACAAUUGUACGUCGCGAAAACGGCUACAGAGUCCAUUGCAAAGGCGCUCCUGAAUUAGUCAUCAAAAGAUGCAAGUACUACCUCAAGGAAGACGGCGAAAGACUUCCACUCGACGAGGCGACAUCCGAGGCUAUCGUAGAAAGAGUCAACGAGCUUGCCGAUGACCAGUUAAGAACAAUGCUCUUGACUUACAAUGAUUUACAAGGUGACACUUUUUCGAAAGAUUGGGAAAAUCCAGACAGUGUUGAGUGCGAUUUAACUGUUAUUGGCAUCUGCGGUAUCAGAGAUCCACUCAGACCAGAAGUUCUCAACGCUAUCAAGCAGUGCAAACAAGCUGGUGUUAUGGUAAGAAUGGUUACAGGAGAUAACAUCAACACAGCUGUUUCUAUUGCAAGACAAUGCGGUAUAUUGACAGAUGACGGCCACGCAAUGCUCGGAAAGGAGUUUUCUUCGAUGUCAAAAGUAAAAUUAAUCGAAAAGUUGCCGAAAUUACAGGUUAUGGCCAGAUCUUCACCGCUCGAUAAAUACCGCUUAGUUUCUUUGCUCAUGGAAUGCGGAGAAACUGUUGCUGUUACAGGUGAUGGAUCCAACGACUCAACGGCUUUAAGAAAGGCUGAUGUCGGCUUGGCUAUGGGUAUGUGUGGUACAGAACUCGCUAAAAUGGCUUCUGAUAUUGUCAUUUUAGAUGAUAAUUUCAAUUCUAUUGUUGCAGCACUCAAAUGGGGCCGCUGCAUCUACGAUAACGUCAGAUCCUUCUUACAGUUCCAGUUGACAGUCAACGUUUGUGCUUUGGCCAUUACUUUCAUUGGAUCUUGCGUUUUGAAGAAAUCUCCAAUGAGAGCCAUCCAAUUACUUUGGGUUUCCUUGAUUAUGGACUCAAUUGGUGCACUCGCUCUCGCUACAAAAGGCCCAUUUGACUCACUUUUGGACCGACCACCUUAUGGCUCAGCCUCGAAACUGAUUUCCAGACUGAUGUUGAGGAAUAUUGCAGCUCACGGAUUAUUCCAAGCAGCUUUGCUGAUGACAAUUCUCUUCGGAGCUGAUGCAUUCUACAAAGUUGACACAAGUAUAGAAAAUGCACAGCAAACCUUCUUCUUUAACUCAUUCGUAUGGAUGCAGAUCUUCAAUUUACUCAACGCAAGAGUCGCUGACCAAAGUACUCCUUUCUUUGAAGGAUUAUUCUCGAAUUGGAUCUUUUGGUUCUUCUUCAUCUUCAUUAUCUUCGUACAAGUCAUACUCGUCGAGUUUGGUGGAAGAGUUUUCGGUACUAACCACCUCAACUGGAAGCAUUGGCUGAUUUCGAUCGCAUUAGGUGCUACAGAACUCGUUUUCGGAUGGAUCAUCAGGUUCUGGAAGAUCAGGGAUGAAACAACAGAGAGAUUGAUCGUCCAGAGAGAAGAGAAGAGAGAAGUAAUGAAGAGAAAGUACACAGGUAUGACUCCGACAAUGAUGUGGAGAGAACCAGAAGAGGGACAGCCAGCAAAUACUGCUCAGGGUCCAAAGCCUCCAAUUCCGGUCGUAAGAAGACAUCCAAGUGCAAUCCAUCCUAACCAGCCUGCUGUUGUUUAA